AAGUUGCAGACGCGCCUCAAUUUGAAUUUACUCAGAAAAGGCAACACCAUAAUAUUACACUAUAGCUGUUCGAAAUUCAAAAUCAUACAAUUCUCCCUUCUCACCUAAGAAAAAACCACAACAAAACCCCUCUUCUCCGAUCAUCAAAUUCCAGCUCAUCGCAGCAAGUAAUUCAGUGUCGAUUGAAAAGGGAAAAGGGGAAGAAAAAAAUGGGUUCUUUAACGCCGGAUCUGCGGAAGGUGGGUAUGGGCAUGGCGCCUUCUCCGUCGCCGUUCUACACUCCGCGACCCGAAAGGCGGCGCCCGGAUUCAAGAGGCUCCGAUUGGAACACGAAUCGUUCCGACAAGGAUAAAGAAGUCAAUGUGCAGGUUCUGCUCCGUUGCAGGCCGUUAAAUGAUGAUGAACAAAGGUUGAAUGUGGCCAAGGUAGUCACAUGUAAUGAAACUCAAAGAGAAGUCACAGUUUUGCAAAGUGUUGCUAGCAAGCAAGUCGAUAGGGUUUUCACCUUCGAUAAGGUUUUUGGGCCAAAAGCACAACAACGAUCCAUAUACGAUCAAGCUAUUUCGCCGAUUGUUAGUGAAGUAUUAGAGGGCUUCAACUGCACAGUCUUUGCGUACGGGCAGACUGGAACCGGUAAAACUUAUACAAUGGAGGGGGGCAUGAGAAAGAAGGGUGGUGAAUUGCCUGUUGAGGCAGGUAUUAUACCUAGAGCAGUUCGCCAAUUUUUCGACACCCUCGAGGCACAAAAUGCCGAUUAUAGUAUGAAAGUGACCUUUUCGGAACUCUAUAAUGAGGAAAUAACCGACCUGUUAGCCGCAGAGGAUCAAGUAAAAUCUACAGAAGAAAGACAAAAGAAGCCGAUUUCUUUGAUGGAGGAUGGAAAGGGUUCUGUGAUAAUACGAGGACUCGAAGAGGAAGCUGUGUACAGUGCUAAUGAAAUUUACAGCCUUUUGGAACGAGGUGCCUCUAGAAGACGCACAGCAGACACUUUGUUAAAUAAACGGAGCAGUCGCUCGCAUUCUAUUUUUACGAUAACUGUUUACAUAAAAGAAGGAACAAUUGGAGAUGAAGAGCUUAUCAAAUGUGGCAAGCUUAAUCUUGUUGAUUUAGCUGGGUCGGAGAAUAUAUACCGUUCGGGGGCUCGAGAGGCUCGUGCAAGAGAAGCAGGAGAGAUAAAUAAGAGCUUACUAACCUUGGGUCGCGUCAUUAAUGCCCUGACGGAGCAUUCUGCUCAUGUACCUUAUAGGGAUAGUAAGCUUACAAGGCUUCUUAGAGAUUCAUUAGGCGGGAAAACAAAAACUUGCAUUAUUGCGACGAUAUCUCCUUCUGCUCAUUGUUUGGAAGAAACAUUGAGCACGCUCGAUUAUGCAUAUCGUGCUAAAAGCAUAAGAAACAAACCAGAGGCAAACCAAAAAGUCGCGAAAGCUAUGCUGCUUAAGGAUUUGUACUUGGAAAUAGAGAGAAUGAAGCAAGAUGUUCGAGCAGCAAGGGAAAAGAACGGUGUUUACAUUCCGAACGAGAGAUUUCUGCACGAUGAAGCUGAAAAGAAGGCAAAAAAUGAGAAGAUCGAGCAAUUACAGAGCGAUCUUAAUGCGAGCGAGAAGCAACUUGAAAAAUUCCGUGAGCUUUAUCUUAAUGAACAAGAAGAGAAACUGAACGUCGAAAGUGAACUUAAAGACUGCAAGAAAAAUCUAGAAAUAACGUGUAGAAGCUUAGAAGAUCUACAAGAGAAUUACGAAAAAGCCCUUUCAUCACUCAAGGAAAAGGACUCUCUCAUCUCCAAACUACAAUAUUCAGAAAAUAAUCUGAUUGAUUGUGCGACAAAGUUGCGUGCCAACUUACAAGAUGCAUCCGACGAUAUUUCUGCUCUUUUCGGAAAAAUAGAUCGUAAAGACAAUCUCGAACGAGAAAAUCAGUGCAUUCUCCUUACAUUUGGAGCACAGCUUGACCAAAGUCUGAAAGGCCUUCAAAACAUCAUCGUGACAUCUGUAUCACAGCAAGAACAACACAUGAAAUGCGUCGAAGGGCGUAUGAGCACAUUUCUCGAUAGUAAAUAUGAAUCAAAUGAGGCCAUGGAAGCAAAAACAAAGAAAUUGUUAGAGACUUAUACUAUAGGAACCUUGAGCCUGAAGAAACUUACCGAUUCAUUGCGUACGAAAUCGUAUUCUGAUAUGGAUGAAAUGACAUCUAUAAUAUCUGCCCAAGCAAUCUCACUCGAGAACUUCUUGAAAAAUGCAUCAUUGGAAGCAAAGGAAGUCAUUUCCGACAUUCAGAAAUCGCUGAAUGAACAACGAGAGCUUUUGGCUUUAUCCGCCCAACACCAAGCGGAGGGACUUAAUCGAAGUCUAGUCUCGGCGCAAGUGAUAUCAAGUGCUGCCAUCAAUUUUUCAAAUGACCUCCACCGACGAGCUUCUGAGCUUACAAAACUGCUCGAACAAAACCAAACGGAAAAAUCCCUCAAAUUACAGAAUUUUGAGAAGAUGUUUAAGGAAGAGGCUUUCAGAGAAGAGAAUAUAGCGUUGGAGAAAAUAGCAGUGAUAUUAUCAACACUCACAGCUAGAAAAACUGAUAUGGUUUCUAAAGCCGCAAAAUGCUUCGAAGACUCUAACAUUCAAGAAAGUAAGAGACUGCUGUUGGAUUUAUCCAAUAUGAAGCAAGUCUUGGCAUCGGAAAUGGAAGAGUUGAACGAAUAUGCAGACAAGGCCAAAGAUCACUACGUCAACGAAACCUUCUCGUCAACUGAGUGCAGAGUCGCAAUAGAAAAUUCCUUACAAGAAUGUGUUGAAAAGGUCGGUUAUUCUGGUCAACAAUGGCAAAAUGCGCAAUUAGGCACUAGCCAUCUUGCUACGAAAGGUCUUGGGGAUAUAAAAUCAACUGUGCAGACAAAACUUCUUGAAAGUAAUGCCAUACAUGAAAACCUUGUUUCCACUUCGUCAUCCACGGAUGCAGAAUUUGACACCCGUGUUAAUGAUUUAAUGAAAUCUAUCAACGAUUCUUUAGCGUUAGACAAGGAAAAUAGUAAGGAAAUAAACAUUACAACUACAACCAGUUUGGAUCAACUCAAUUCCACACGAGUGAAGCAUUCUGAAAAUGUAUCGGAUAUCCGAAUUAGAUCAGAGCAGUGCAUCCAAAAAGAUUACUUGGUUGAGCAGAAAACCGACGUGACACCUAAGAAGCGAGUAAUCACAAUUCCGAGCUUGGAGUCAAUAGAGGAGAUGAAAACUCGAAUAUUUAACGUCGACGCAAAGAAUCACAAAUCAAAAUGGGAAAGCACCGAGAACAAGAUUUCGCCACAUCAGCAAAGAACUCCUUUUCAGGAUGUGAAUGGAGUAACAAUAUAAGUAAAAACUCAUCAACUGGAUGAGUGAAAAAAAAAUCGAGGAAAUCGAAUUUCUUGGCAUGUUUUCAUUUUCCUUUAUUAAAAAAAUUUAUAAUGUCUGAACAAAAUCAAACUCAAUCUGAUUUUAAAUGAAUAAUUACAUGGUCCCCCCC